UGUAACUCCUCUACGUAAGUGGUAUAGUCUCUACUGAGGGGGUGUCCGAUUACCCAUUUUUUCCAGCUUUAGACUGGGGACCUCUCCCUGUGCUACCCGGGCGCGUAUCGCAUUAGCUCUGUCGCCUUUCUCUCCAACAAAUUAGGACACAGUUUUCGCAACUGGACAGAAAUGAGCAUCGAAACGCUCCUGGAAGCAGCCAAGUUUUUGGAAUUGCAAGCCCAGCAACAACAGAAAGCACGUGAGGAUGAAUUAAAGGAAAAGCUUCGUCUGGAGCAGCUGACAGGACAGAAGUACUCUGACGUGAACUAUAACUCAACAAUCCACAUCAACAAUGUUUCUAAAGCAGAGGAACUCCACACCGAGUGCCGCCCGCCCCCCAUACAACCCUCUCUGCCUCCCCCCUCCAUGCCAAUUACUGUUAUCCCCAUCCCUGUGGUCACCCCUAACCCCACAGGUUCACCCACUCUGCCCGUUGCCACGCUCUCCCCUCCAGCAGCUCCUUCACUGGCCUCCCCAAGGAGAGACCCUCACUCCCCCCAGGAGCAAAGUGCCGCUGCUCUGCCGCGCUCUCCACAGCCUAAACCUGAACCCCCUACCUCCGUGCUGACCGUCAGCCACAAGCAACCGAUACAGAACCACCACCACCCACAACUCAUUGUCCAAACUAACAACACUAAACUACACCAGCAGACACACCAGCAGCUGGUCCAGCGCUAUCCUGGCUCCAUUGUGUCUACCCCACAGCAACAUGCCUUACUCCCACAGUCAGGUCCUGUGCUCCAGCAGGCUCCUCUACAGAACGGGCCCAUCAGCCGGGGGAGUCCUCCUGAUGACAGCCGCCAGCUAGACAACAAAAAGAGGCCUGGAGGGGCAGGCACAAGAGAAGUGCAUAACAAGCUGGAGAAAAACAGACGUGCACACUUGAAGGAGUGCUUUGAGACGCUGAAAAAGAACAUCCCCAACAUCGAUGAGAAGAAAACCUCCAAUCUGAGCGUGCUCAGAAGUGCACUGAGAUACAUUCAGACGCUGAAGAGGAAAGAGAAGGACUACGAGCACGACAUGGAGCGACUGGCCAGAGAGAAGAUAGCCACGCAGCAGCGAUUAGCAGAGCUGAAGAACGAGCUGAGCCAGUGGAUGGAUGUGGUCGAGAUCGACCGCGUCCUCCGACAGACGGUGCAGCCCGAAGAGGACCAGGCGUCUACCUCCACUGCCUCAGAGGGUGAAGACAUUAUGGACGAUGACCUAGAUGAGGAGACUGCACCGAGAGCACAGGCUGCCUUACCCACCGUGCCUCAAACCAUGAAACCUGAGCUGCACAAGGCCGCGACGCCCGCUCAGACCCCAACCCCGACACCCGCCACCGCCGCUACCUCCUUCAUCACCCAGCACAUCUCCAUCCAGCACAAAGCCCGUCUGCACCAGCCACCGCCAAUGACUCCUCCACAGCCGGUGUCCAAGCCUGCAGCUCCACCCACGCUCACAGCCACAACAUCCAGCACUCCCACCACCCCCAGUCAGCCCUUGAUCCCCACACAGACACAGAUGGUGACCACGGCCAGCCUGCACCCCACAGUUAUUGCCCACGCUUCAGCGUCCCAUCCCUCAGUCAUCCAAGCAGUCAACCACGUCAUCCAGGGAGGGGGUCCCAAACACAUUGCCCACCUGGCUCCCUCCAACACCACCAGCUCUGUCCAGUUAGCCCCCAGCCAGCAGCCCAUCGGCCACAUUACCGUGCACCCGGUGGCACACCUGAGCCAGCACCUACCUGCCCUGUAUCCCCAACCGGUGGCCGUUACGCAGCCAGCCAUGGUCGGCCACAUCACCCACACAUUAAACCACGCCCAGGUGAACGGCACUACACCUAGUCAGCCGGCUGCCACCAUCAUCGGCAAGCAGACAGCAGUGAGCACCCAAAUGGUGGCGCACCACCCACAGCUGGUGGGUCAAACUGUGCUCAACCCAGUGACGAUGGUGACCAUGCCCUCCUUCCCCAUCAGCACUCUGAAGCUGGCCUGAAUGCUGCCAACAGGACCACCAGGCUGCAGACAGAGACACCCCACGACAGGGCAGAACCACUGGCCCCCAGGCCAUCGACAAGCCCACAGUUAGGGCAGGAGAGGUACAGCACGCCUCGCUGAUUCAGAGUACAGUUCAGUCCAGUACAUUAAGCAUCACAGCUGCUUGAAAGCAACCAGGAACAUUCCUCAAACUACAAACCUUUUUCAGUACAACCACACUGUCCUGAAAUCUCGAUCCUGAAACUGGGAUGUGCCGGGCUGCAUGUGAUAGUCAACAUGUUGAGUGUGCGUGGCAUUACACAGUGUGCAGAUCUGCAGGUUUAGCCAUUUGUUAUCGCAGACAAUGGAGGAGUUGUCAUUUUCACAUCAGCUUUACAGAAACGGUUUAACAUAGGGAAAUGUCACACUGCCAGCAGAGCGUUGGCAACAGCUUCCUGUCACAGUGUUUAUGUAGGUUGAUGGUUAAACUCCCUCCUUAUCGCUUGUGCUGCUGCAGACUAACCAGUAGCAGAUCAGGUGCUGGAGGGCCCUGCACUGGGCUUUGAGAGAUGUGACAGUGUGAGAUCAGAGUGCUGGAGCAGCCAUACCCAGCACACUGGGAAUGUGAUUUAGAGAAGCCCCUCCUCUCCAGCAGAGGCACAUGCUGCAGGGUUGGAGCUAAAUCAUGGCCUGAACUCAGCCUUCUGCACAAGAGCUGCAGUCCUCAAGUGACCACACCUAGAGCAACAGCUCCACCUGCUGGCUGUUUGGGUUUAUUGUAAUACUACUGUCCCAGUGACAAUGGAAAAAGAAAUCCUUUCCACUCAGAGAACGGCCACUUAAAGUCAAAACAACAUGCAGGUUUAUAAGAGUUUGGUUUUUAGAAUGGGAAUUAAAGGAAAAUCACAUUGUUACUUAUCUAGUAUUUGUCCUUCAAACAUACUAGCGGCUGUACACUGAGCACA